AUGCAAGCAGCCGGCAAGCACAACAAUCUCAGCUCCGGCCGGCGCUCGCUCGACCAAGCACCCUACGGCGCGAACGUCGCGCUCGGCCACCGCGCCGCCGCGGACGAGGACGGCCCGGGCCUGUUUCACUGUAGCAAGCGCCAGUGUUCCGACUGCCACGAGGACUCCAUCGUCGCCGCAUUGCCCUCGUGGCGACUCGCCGAGGCUCUCCCGCUCACGCCCACAGCGUCCAACCUGCGCGUCCGCGGCGGCCCCGACGAGCACGCACGGAAGCACCUCACCGACCCCGCCCGCGUCGGACCCUGCCAAACACCCCCCCCCCACCUCUACGUCGAGAACCCGGCAUUCGAGGAGAGCGUCUUCGUCUCGGCGCGCCGCAAGGCCGCCAGGGCCGCGUCGAGCCGCGUGACACGCCAGGGCGGGGAGGACAGCCACCCCACGUGGGACGGUGCCCCCAAGCACGGGUCUGACAGCGGGCUCGUCGGCGGGUCGGAGCACGGGCAGGCGCGCAAGCACGCUGCGCCGGCCCCGCUCGCGGCGCACUCGACCCGGGGAGUCUUGACCGCGGCGACCGCAGGCGAGCGCGUCACCGGCGAGGGCGGGCGCGACACGCAGCACGUGGAGCAGUGCGCGACCGCGGAGUGCUGCGGCGUGGACAGCUGCUCCAGCGGCCGCCUCGCGCAGCAGCUGCGCUUCCUGCGCGACGACGCGCGCUUCGCCUGCCCCGGCGGGCCGAAGCACCCGAACCGCGUCGUGCUGUGGGAGCAAUGA